AUUUUCUUCAGAAAAAAUUUUGAGCGGCUAUAUCAUCAUUGCAGAGCAUGAUGAUUGGCUGCAACAGAUCACUCCUCUCGCCUUCCUCCUCAACAACUCGCUCGCCUCCUCUGCACUCCUCAACAAUCGGUUACCAUAAGUUCAAAACCAGUUCGGGAAACUUCUGGAAGACUGUACGGACGCCAACCACCGCAAUCAGGCUAUCCUUAUCCGACAAUCAGACGGUCGCUGUCACUCCUACGACAACAGCCGCUCAAUCCGCCACCGAAAACGAACCAAAACCUGCAUCGGAGGUUGUGAGGAGCUUCUACGAAGGAAUCAACGACCAAGAUCUCGCCUCGGUUGAAGACCUCAUUGCCGAGAACUGUGUGUAUGAGGAUCUUAUUUUUCCACAACCGUUCGUCGGCCGGAAGAAAAUCUUGGAGUUCUUCAAGAAAUUUAUUUAUAUCAAUCGCUCCGAACUACGGUUUGUUAUUGAUGACAUAUCUACUGAGGACUCAGCAGCUGUUGGAGUUACAUGGCAUCUAGAGUGGAAGAAAAGGCCUUUUCCUUUCAGCAAAGGUUGCAGUUUCUACAGGUUGGAGAUUGUCAAUGGCAAGCGACAGAUUAUAUACGGAAGAGACAGUGUUGAACCUGCAUUCAAGCCUGGGGAGACAGCUCUGGUCGUUAUUAGAGGCGUAACAUGGCUAUUGAAACAGUUUCCUCAGCUGGUGAAUCGGUUACCAUGAUUCCUUGAAGAUGAAGCACGACUGAUACACUGUAUGUUGUAUAUUGAGGAUUGCUAAUAUUGUACCUAUAUCUGUUUGCUAACGUUUGGUUUCUCACCGAAAAGAAAUGGCAGUUUUGCAUGA